CAACUUGCUCCCACCACACCCUCGACUCUAACAGAUGCGUCAAGCCUCAUGACCCUGUAAACGAUAUGUGUGCUGAGUUUCAACAUGUAUCGAAUAUUUAUAGGGCUUCCUGCAUACAUUAAGGAGGUAGCUUACAUUUAGGGCGCUACCUGUAGAAUCGCAACCAUAAAGGCAGUAGUAUGUCCAGCUGGUAAAAGUCAGUAGAAUGGUUGCUACAUAUAUCUAACUUUUAAUGUCGCCUACUAUAAUACUUUUUACAUAUCUUCUUUUAUGCGGCAAUGCUAGCUCUCAGGAGCUUCCCCUAGCGAACACCAACACAAGCACGCCAGAUGCGAGCCAUGUCGAUGUGGAAGCCAGGCAGGGAUGGACAUCGCAAGAUAACAAAAGAGGGACCUUGCAAAUCAUCUGGAGCUGCGCCUUUACGAUGUUUCUAUGCUCCUGGUCGGUGCUAUGCCUAAAUGUGCCUGGGCCUACCGAUUCCCGUUUUAAAGUGUUUCGACGCAAAGUUUACAUCACUGCUCUUGCCUUUCUUGGCCCCGAGUUUAUAUUCCAAAUUGCACUCGGUCAAUUUGUGUCGGCCCGCCAUUCAGUCCAAGAUUUUCAUGCUGCCGGAUACACGCAAUGGACGAUGAUGCACGCAUUCUACGCUGAUAUGGGUGGGUUUAUACUCCACUCGACAGAUUGGGUGCCGUUCCCAAUAGAUGCGAAGCAGCUUCACUAUCUUGUAACUGAAGGCUAUAUCAAGUUUCCGGAGAUAAAGCGAGCGAGGAUUUCGGACAAGAAUAAAGUUGACGGCAUUCUUCGCAUUAUCACUGUUUGCCAGAUCCUUUGGUUCGCUGCCGACAUGGCUGGCCGUGUCUCACAGCACCUAGCUAUUACCUGCGGGGAAUUGACAACUGCGGCUUUUAUUGUCUGUAGCCUUGGAACAACUUUAUGCUGGCUUCAUAAGCCUGCAGAUGUGGCGAUCCCGGAGAUUAUCCACAUGGAAGCAAGAAUCUCCGACAUACUGCUAAAAGCCGGCGACCUUGCUUGCGAGCCAUAUAGCCGUACUCCCCUCGAUUUCAUAAGCCGCAAGGAAUGGCCGUGGUCGCUAUACUGGUCAAAUUGGUUGAACAUCCUUCGAAACCUAGGUCUAGUUGUCGGUCAGCAAGAGCGCCCCAUCAAUCGAUUUGAGAAUACCCGAGUCCAUGAACUGCCCGGUGCCUGUCAUUACAUCUUUUUCGCUAUGACAGCCAUCUAUUGCGGCAUUUUUUUCUGUGGCUGGAACUACAGUUUUCCAACCAACACCGAGUUAAUCUUGUGGCGAGCAUCAGUCGGGACUAUUUUGGCAACGUUAGUUUCGUACUGGGCUGUCACCGAGUUUGCAUUCACGAUAUAUCCAGUUUUCAAAAGACGGUUUUCUCUAGAUUCUCCUGUUACUAUAUCGCCCAAACGAGCUCCCCCAGAAGAUGAAGCGACUAUACUCAGGUGGCUAAUCUCAAAGAUGAGAUAUGUCGCAGCUUGCGCUAGAAAUAACUCAUACCCCCAUGAUCCUGCAAUGAGGUUGCCCUUAAAGGCCAUACUGCCACUGUAUGUCAUUGGGGUUUUCUAUUGCCAUGCUCGGACAUAUAUUUUUUUGGCAGAUAUAAUCCAACUGCGGUCUCUUCCAGCAAGCGCAUAUGAUACGGUUGACUGGAUCCAAGCCCUUCCGCAUUUUUAAAUUAGGGGACACGGCAUUAGAUAGGUAAUUUAGAAAAUGAUAAAUAAGUAUGGUG